UAGUACUUUUUUAUUUGGAGCCAAACAUGGUCACUAUAUACUUGCAUGGAAAGGUGUUUCAUGAAGAUUCAUUCUUAAAUUCUCCUUUGUCUUUCAGGGGGGGAAAAAAAGCAUACAUCGGAACAAAUGCGGUCGAGUAAAGAAAUCACAUGACUAAUUAGCGCGAGAGAGAGAGAGAGAGAGAGAGAGAGAGAGAGAGUGUGUGUGUUGGGGGGGUGAGGUAUAUAAAACAAGAGAUACACAAGAGGGGUACAAAAUGCCUACCUGAGUCUUUUUAAAUUCUCUUAUUCAGCAUCACCAAGAAUGAAACCAAACCCUGAGUGAGAGUGACCAGCAUUUCAUGUCUUUGUUCAUUAGACUGUCAGAGGAGCACAUCACCAAUCAUGCAAGUGAGAAUGAUGCAGAGAACUGUCCCGCUAUUGUUCUGCUGCCUGUUACUUUCAGCGACAUCUUCCCCAGUCUAUCCACUGAGGUUUGGUCAGAGAGCGGCUGCGAUACUGAUGACCUCCUCUAUCCAGGAUCCAAUGCAGUUGCCAGCAGACACUUCAUCCCAAACACCAGACGCUGAGUUUAGGUUUGGAAGACAUGCUGACGCCAUCUUUACCAACAGCUACCGAAAAGUUCUCGGUCAAAUAUCUGCCAGAAAAUUCCUUCAAACUGUUAUGGGCAAAAGACUUGGACCAGAAACUCAAAACUAUGUGAAACGCCAGUCUGGCAUAUAUGGAGACACCUUCAAGCAAGAUGUGGAUAUGAAUGUCAUUGAGAGGGAACAAAGUUACAGAGAACCACAAAGACUUAAUUUUUAA